CGACCGCCUCGUCGUUUGAUUACAACAGAAAGUCGCUCCGUUCGCUCGCUCGGUUUCUCUCAUUGCAACUUUUGCAGGCACUCACUCCACAGACAUGAUCACCAGCUGAAGCCAAGACCUGCAGUUUGGCUCUUUUUUAGAGCCAAAACACUACCGAUACCCGUGGAGUUAAGUUGCAGACAUCCCUUUUUCCCCUGACGCACCCCGGACCGAUCAUCAAAUUGAAUUUCUGGAUGUGAUUUUUCAUUCUUUUAUCAUUUUUCUCUCCCUGAUGAACUGGGUUAGUAAUGCAGGAGACAGCAGCGAUUCUGUCCUCGGCUCAAGAUGGCAGAUUUUUAUUGAGUUGUGAGCAGUGCUGUCGCUUCAUAUUUUGCCAUGAAUAACAGAAACCCUUGCACCGAUGGCCCCUGUAUACGAAGGUAUGGCCUCGCAAGUGCAAGUCUUCUCCCCUCACACUCUCCAGUCAAGUGCCUUCUUUAGCGUGAAGAAACUGAAGGUGGAGCAGAGUUGCAACUGGGAUAUGACUGGGUACGGCACGCACAGCAAGGUCUACAGUCAGAACAGCAAGCAGAGUGUCUCAGUCGCCCCAGUGGGCAUCAACGCCGCCAGUCUCCAGGUCUCCAACUCUUCCCUGUCCUACGAACAGGCCCUCCUCUUCCCUGCCGGCUCGGGGCACAUCUUAGUAGCCUCGGCUAGCAGUACAUCUGGGGCGGCUGGUCAACUGUUGGGCAGCACCGGCAGUAGUGGAAGCGGCAGUGGAGGCCACAACCUGACACGCCGCAGCACCGUCAGUCUGCUGGACACGUACCAGCGAUGCGGGCUUAAGCGCAAAAGCGAGGAGCUGGACAACAACAACGGGAGCGGAAGCAGCGUGCACGUGGUCGAGGAGCAGCAACUACCUGCACCCAUGAUCCAGAACAACGCACAGAGCGGGGCCACCGUCGCAACGGCGACCGCCUCCACGACGGCAACGUCCAAGAACAGUGGAGCCAACAGCGAGGGCGACUAUCAGCUCUUGCAGCACGAGGUGCUUUGCUCCUUGACCAACACCUAUGAGGUGCUGGAGUUCUUGGGUCGAGGGACGUUCGGGCAGGUGGUGAAGUGCUGGAAACGCGGCACCAGCGAGAUCGUGGCAAUCAAGAUCCUCAAGAACCACCCUUCGUACGCAAGGCAGGGCCAGAUCGAAGUGAGCAUACUGGCGCGGCUGAGCACAGAGAGUGCGGACGACUACAACUUUGUUCGAGCAUACGAGUGCUUCCAGCACAAGAACCACACGUGCCUGGUCUUCGAGAUGUUGGAGCAGAACCUGUACGACUUCCUCAAGCAGAACAAGUUCAGCCCGUUGCCGCUCAAGUACAUCCGACCCAUCCUGCAGCAGGUGGCCACUGCCCUCAUGAAGCUCAAGAGCCUCGGACUGAUCCACGCCGACUUGAAACCUGAGAACAUCAUGCUUGUAGACCCAGCCCGCCAACCCUACAGGGUCAAGGUCAUCGACUUCGGCUCUGCUAGUCACGUCUCCAAAGCGGUGUGUUCCACCUACCUGCAGUCCAGAUACUAUAGAGCUCCAGAGAUCAUCCUGGGUCUGCCAUUCUGUGAGGCCAUAGACAUGUGGUCCCUGGGUUGUGUCAUUGCUGAGCUGUUUCUGGGCUGGCCGCUCUACCCCGGAGCGUCUGAGUAUGACCAGAUCCGGUACAUCUCUCAAACGCAAGGCUUGCCAGCAGAGUAUCUGUUAAGCGCAGGGACGAAAACAACCAGGUUUUUCAACAGAGACCCUGACUCCACCUAUCCUCUAUGGAGACUGAAGACACCUGAGGACCAUGAGGCAGAGACGGGGAUCAAAUCUAAAGAAGCUCGCAAGUACAUCUUCAACUGCCUGGAUGAUAUGGCACAGGUGAAUAUGACCACAGACUUGGAGGGCAGCGACAUGCUGGCGGAGAAGGCAGACAGAAGGGAGUUUAUUGACCUGCUGACCAAGAUGCUGACCAUCGACGCAGACAAGAGAAUAACGCCCAUAGAGACACUCAACCACCCCUUUGUCACAAUGACACACUUGCUGGACUUCCCACACAGCACACACGUCAAAUCCUGCUUCCAGAACAUGGAGAUUUGCAAGCGUCGGGUGAACAUGUACGAUACAGUCAAUCAGAGCAAGACGCCCUUUAUAACACAUGUAGCCCCCAGCACCUCCACCAAUCUCACCAUGACCUUCAACAACCAUCUUAACACUGUGCAUAGUCAGGCCACCAACCUGGCUCCCUCCUCCACCAGUGCCACCCUUUCCCUUACCAAUGCUGAUGUCUCCAUACUAAAUUACCAAUCUGCACUCUACCAGCCUUCUGCGGCCCCUAUGGCUGCCGUGGCCCCCAGGACCAUGAACCUCCAACCCGGUGCACCACAACUCUGCGCCGCCCGACCCGAUCCCUUCCAGCAGGCCCUCAUCGUCUGCCCACCUGGCUUCCAAGGUUUGCAAGCUUCACCCUCUAAACACACUGGCUACUCGGUGCGGAUGGAGAAUGCAGUUCCCAUAGUAACACAGGCCCCCGGUGCCCAACCUCUACAGAUCCAGCCCGGCCUUCUGACACAGCAGGCCUGGCCGUCUGGUACUCAACAGAUUCUCCUUCCGCCGGCGUGGCAGCAGCUCACACACACCUCCGUGCAACACGCCACCGUCAUCCCCGACUCCAUGACCAGCUCGCAGCCUCUGGCCAACUGGAGGAAUUCACAUCCCCAUGGCAACCAUUACAAUCCCAUUAUGCAACAGCCAGCCUUACUGGCAGGUCACGUCACCCUGCCCUCUCAGCAACCUCUUAAUGUGGGUGUGGCUCAUGUCAUGAGACAGCCAUCAAACAAUAGCUCCUCCUCCAAAAAGAACAAGCAGCACCAGAUGAACAACAGGAACAUGUCAGCAUAUGACGUGUCCUCCACCCAGCCGGUGACGUCACCUCAACGCUCCAAACGAGUGAAGGAGAACACACCCCCUCGGUGUGCCGUGGUUCAGAACGGCAUGUCCUCGACCUGCGGCCCAUCACAGACCUGCGGAGGUGGUGGUGGAGUAGGGGGAUGGGGAGGAGAGCAGGCAUGUAGCACCACCAGAGAUCACCACAGUCAACACAACCCACCGCGCCAAACCAUCGUCAUCCCUGACACCCCCAGCCCAGCCGUCAGCAUCAUCACCAUCAGCAGUGACACGGAUGAGGAGGACGACCUUAAACAGCCCAAUAACACCAGCACGUCAUCUAAACAGAGGAAGAAUGUCAUCAGCUGUGUUACGGUCCAUGACUCCCCAGACUCUGACUCCAGCAAUACCAGCCCGUACGCUGUGGAGUCCCGGCCUAAUGGCCCCAACGCCAACAGCUACGAUUCCAAAGGCGCUGUCCUGGACAACUACAGCAAUGGGAACCCCCGCACCAUUAUCAUCCCUCCACUGAAGAGCCAGACCAGCGAGAAUCUGGGAGAGUGUGACAGACUCCUGCCUGACACGAUGAACCACCAGAACUCCAUCUACAAGUUCAAAACCUCCAAUGGUGGCUUGUCUGGCAACAACCACUCUUCAGGAGGCGGGACAUAUCGGCAGCAGCGCAUGGGGCCACACCCCUUUCAGCAGCAGCCUCUAAAUCUCAGCCAGGCCCAGCAGCACAUGGCAGUUGAGCGCAACGGAGGUCACCGGCGACAGCAGGCCUACAUCACCCCCACUAUGGCCACCCAGGCUCAGUACGCCUUCCACAACAGUCCUACCCACACAGCUAAUGUUCAUCCCCACUUGGCCGCUCCUCAUCUGCACGGUCAGCCACACCUCUACACCUACACUGCCCCCACAGCCCUGGGCUCCACCGGCACGGUGGCCCACCUGGUCGCAUCGCAGGGUUCAGCCCGUCACGCAGUCCAGCACGCUAGCUACCCGCCGGGCAUCGUCCACCAGGUGCCUGUUAGCAUGGGCCACCGCGUGCUUCCCUCACCCACCCUGCACCACGGCCAAUACCAAGCCCAAUUCGCACACCAGACCUACAUCAGUGCUUCUCCUGCCUCCACUGUCUACACUGGAUACCCGCUGAGCCCCACCAAGAUGAACCAGUACCCUUACCUCUAAAGCUGAAACACUGGAGCCCAGCCAAUCGCUGCUUACCAUUUCUACCCUUAUCCCACCUAGAGACAGAGAGACAAGCUGAAGCCUAUCGACCCUUAACCCCCAUCCCCUUGUUCCUUUCAUGCUUAAACUUGAAGACAUUGAAGAUGCCGAUGGAUAGAGGAAGUACUCUCAGAGGGAACAGAAGGGUACCAAGGAGUUUUCCUUUUUUUAAGAUGAGUUCUAUUUUGCCUUCUCAAAAGGGCCAGUUAACAUUUUAUUUCGUGAUCUGGAGGUUUGUUUCUUUUAAAACAGAAGAAGGAGUUUUUGCUUUCAUAGUUUCUUUUACAACAAGGUCUCAUCAACAGGCCAUUUGGGAGAGACAGAGUUUCAUUCAAUGGAGAUUUUGUUUGCUUUUCCCUUUCUUGAAUUUAUUUACCGACUGUUGAGCCGAGGUCACGACAUGGAUGUUUUGAAUUCCUACAAGGAUUUUUUUUGGAUAAGGUGAAAUACGGAUAUCUGCUGCUCUUCAAAGAAAAAAAAAAAACCAUAACGAUGGCCUUGAACUGUCUUAAACGUUUCCAAAUUACAUGCGGCGAGGUAUUGUGCAUAUUCCGCCGCGCUCUCCGACAAAAAACACCUGGAGGAAUCUUCUGGAAAUAGGACGACAAAACUUUCUAGUGUAUUUAUAGACUUUUCUUUGUUUGUGUUCACAUUUAGAAAAGAAAAUACGUUUGUCAUACCGUAGAACAUUAGCUGGGCCCCUCUUUGUAGAAUGUAGCAGUAUGCACCCGUUGAUUUCAUGAAGAACCUUUCUGAUACCAAUAGAUUCUUGUUUUUCCUCUUUCAAUGUGAUUGCACAAAGUGGUUACAAUAACAUAGGCAUGUUCAACACGGUAGUCGGUCGCGAUUGCGUGCAUGUGUGCGCUCAGCGCAUCUGUGCGACAUAUUCCUCCACAGUCUUAGGUUUAUCAUUGUUACCUCGUAGUGCCUUACAUAUAUUACGACAGUUUACUUGGCUGGAAACCCUCUAGAACCAGAUGCUAGUCAGAGAGUUGGCUCCUAGGUUGAACAUCUUCAUCCAAGCUGUUUCGUGUUUUUUUUAAAUUCCAGGUGUAAGCGUUAGCCCUAAAUGUUAUUUAAAUGCUUCUCAUUUAGCGUGCAUGAGGUCUUCUACAUCUAAAGAUAAAGAUACUUGCUUGGGGUAACGAACCAAAGUCAUCAUUAAAAGAUAAGUAACUUUUGUUUUGGAUAGUGGAUAUAAUUAUAUAUACCGUAUUUACUGUACAUACUGUGGCUAUGUGUUUUAGUACUUGCAAUCAAUGCAACAUCACUGAUUUUAGACUAUAUAUGUCAUAAAAGGGAGACUAAAUGCAUAUUUGAUGGAAAAGCCAAGUAUCGCACAAUCAGUUUGAGAUCAGGCUACACAAUAAAAGAAAUAAAAUAAAAUAUACCAGGUCUGAAGAGGUUGUCUGUUUAUGGAAGGCUGAAACCUGGGAGGGUUCGAGAAGGAGAGUUUUGUGAGGAGUAGGAGGUGCUUGUGGAUUUUGAAUUGUUGGAAAAGCGAGAGGGCAAAUUCCACAAUUUUUAAUGAGAAUAGCAUGUUGGCUUUGAGCAGGUUGGUAGAUGCCGAAGGAAGCUGUGCAGCACGACUGCACACCAUACUCUGAUUUAAGCGCUCGUUCAAGGUUCUAUGAAGAUCUGUGGGGUUUUUAUUCUAGUUGCAUGAGGAUAUCUGCAACAACAUGCACCGGAAAUCAAAAUUGGCUUCGUCUUUUUCACUGUUUGUCUUACCCUAGAAAUCACUUAUGCUACAGGCAUCAUGUCAGUACAGAGAUAACGAACGUGUAGAAAACUGUGGGCCAAUGCUUGUCUUUUUUGCUGCUUUUUUUAACAUUAAUAUGCUAGCCAGUCAUUUACACCGUGUCCUAACCAUGUGCUCCGCAAUGAAGUGAUUAAAAAGACAAGGAGAGUUUAUAUAGAACUUUAUAUAACAUACCAUUGAAAAGUUUGGGGUCAGUUUGAUUUUUUUAUUUGGUUUUGUUUAAAGAAAUUAAUACUUUUAUUAGGCAAGGAUGCAUUAAAUUGGCCAAAAGUGACAGUAAAGACAUAAAGAGAUCAU